CUUAGCCAUAUAAUACAUUUUUCUGAGACCUUAUACCGAGAGGCGAAACGAGACUGCUUCUCUGGCCUAAAUCACCAAGGACUUAUUGAGCUAGUGUCACAGAGAGAGAUAUCUGAGAAGAUCUCGCAACAUCUUUUUCCUGAUACCGCCGAGAAAUCCAGCCGGAAACAAGUGGUAAAGGUUGAAUUGGGCUUGGAGAUGACGAAGGACAGGAAGAUCGGUGUGGCGAUGGACUUCUCAAAGGGGAGCAAGCUUGCCCUGAAGUGGGCGGUCGAGAACUUGCUCGACGACGGGGACACCCUCUAUGUGAUCCACGUCAAGCCUCCUCAAGGUGACGAGACCCGGAACCUUAUGUGGUCCGCUACCGGCUCCCCUCUGAUACCUUAUGCGGAGUUCCGUGAAAAGGAGGUGAACGAGAAGUACGAGAUCAAUCUCGAUGCAGAGGUUCUGGACCCGCUUGACUCUGCCCGAAAGCAGAAACAUGUAACUGUGGUAGCGAAGAUCUACUGGGGGGAUGCAAGGGACAAGCUGUGUGCGGCUGUUGGGGACCUGAAGCUCGACUGCCUGGUCAUGGGGAGCAGGGGCCUUGGCACCAUCCAACGGGUACUGCUGGGCAGCGUGACAAACCAUGUCAUGGCAAGUGCAGCUUGCCCCGUGACCAUCGUCAAGGACUCGACUUCUCCCCAUGGUUUCUAGUUUAUCGAUUCCGCAAUCUACGAGGACAUAAAAUCUACUAACAUUGGUGUUUUUGUAACAUCGAUGUGGGACUUGUUUUUGCACGACUAUGGGUAUCUGUAUCACAAUUCAGUUGUUAUGCUAUCAUUUUCCUACUCUAUCAAUAAUAAAGACAUUGUCCGGGUGGGUUUCCACAUUGUUUCGAAA